GUAAUCAUGUUGUGGUCUUCAGGCAACAAGUGCUUCUUUGUGUCACUCAAUUGCAUUCACCUGUUGUUUUUUUAUUUGUCGUGCCUCCCUUCAGGAAAAUCCGCUUCAACCUCUGUCCUUGAGAAACGUGUGUACGACAUGUCUAAGCUCUACAACGACAAACCUUGGGCUCUUGACUGGGUUGGUGGUCAUCAUACAUCUGGUUAUGGAACCGUUGUCUUCUUGAGUGAUGACAACAACGGGAGUUGGUACUGUUGCGGAGGGGUUGAGAAAUCUGAAGCGGGGUGGGUUAACUAUGACGAUAGGAAGUUUAGGACGUUCUUUCUUACCUCUAUCUAUGACAACGAGGGGAAAAACAGGGUCAAGGAAGACAAGAAGGCGUCUCUUCACCUUCAUCUCUUCCAAGGCUACGGUGUCAAGGCUUUCUUGAUGAAAGCGUUUGACGUGCAUGGCAACGACACGGAGUUCCGAAUGCUGGAUCCACAAAAGUUCCUCUCCAAAACCAACGGUUGCCGCGUCACUGGUUCCCUGCCCAUCGUCGACAGUGCUUUCCUGCUCAGCGGCCCUUUGGUCCAGUUCAACAGCCCGACGGACCAACUGGGAGGUGUUGUAAUGCAAUACAGGGAACAGUUCACGAAGCUGCCUAUUGCCGAGCAAGUGGACUGUGAUUUCAAGCCCACUAACGUGGGUCCCAAACGGCGCCAAGAUCCGCCGGCCACACCGGGUGCGAAGAGGAAGCAAUUGUCGACUCGCCCCUCUUUGUCGAAUGCGUUUGCCCAGGUUCUUUCCGCUCCAUCUCGCCCUCGCAUCGGUAAGGUCAGGAUGCGGCCGAGCAGUCCAGCGAGGGCACAGACUACGACGACGGAGCUCUGCGCCGCCGGGCUAGUCCCCAACAUCGUGGGAGGAUGGUGUGGUGGCGGCGGUAGGCAAGGCUCACAGAGGGUCAGGCCACAUGAACUGCGGGACUCGGGGAAUGAGGGCGAGGGGGUGGGGUCUCGCAUGCCCGAAGGUGAUCACGAUCCGGUUCAACACGCCACACCCCUCGACACGACCCACUGUUUCUUUCUCGAAUACGACGAGGACGGCUUUGCCAGGCAACACGUCAAUGUUGUUAACGUCGACGUCACAAGAAUCAAACGCAUUCCCUGUGGGAAGAUUCUUUAUAACCACCGCUCGUUGUCUGAGAACAUUGUAAGAGGCAUCGAGAAUGUCAUCGAAAACUCCAUCACUGCUGACCCGGGGACGUGGGAUAGGUCUGAGCUCGUUCUUGCACCGGUUGACCCGAACGACAUUGUCGGCAGACAGGGAAGGCGAAUCACGCUGGACGAGUUCUGCCAACGGGACUCUGCAGAGUUCAAUUGGUACACUGUCUGUGGUCAGCAUACCGCCGAGGCCAUGAAACAGUUGGUGACAAAGGGCUCCGCCGCAGAAAAUGAAACCGUGAUUAGAAUUUAGAACAAGAAAGGGUCACAUUCCUAGAAUAUAAGUGGUGAACUCAUUUUUCUUCACCAAACUUUUUGACAGCGAAAUGAG